AUGGAUGAAGGAUUCAGAGAUCGGACUGCUUUUAUACGAGGGGCCAAAGACAUUGCUAAGGAGGUUAAAAAACAUGCCACAAAGAAGGUUGGAAAGGGGGUAGAUAAGGUGCAAGACGAGUACACCAAACGUUCUUACACUCGCUUCGAAGAAGACGAUGAUGACGAUUAUCAACCGCAGGAUGGCUACUACCGAGGUGACCCCUUAAACGAUGAUGAAGGAGGUUCUAGCGAUGCCACCGAAGGCCAUGAUGAGGACGACGAGAUAUACGAAGGCGAAUAUCAAGGCAUCCCCAGAGCAGACUCCAUGAAAGGAGACAACCUCAGCAAUAACCAGCAGCUCGUAACAGAGUUUAAAGACUUUGAGGAUCUAGAAGGUCAGAAGAAGAAGGACAAGGAAGAACUGGCCCAGCAGUACGAGGCAAUCCUUCAAGAAUGUGGACAUGGAAGAUUCCAGUGGACUCUCUAUUUUGUUCUGGGACUCGCUCUCAUGGCUGAUGGGGUAGAAAUUUUUGUAGUCGGGUUCGUCUUGCCAAGUGCAGAGAAGGACAUGUGCUUAUCUGACUCCAACAAAGGCAUGCUGGGUCUCAUCGUCUACCUCGGUAUGAUGGUGGGAGCGUUCCUCUGGGGAGGACUGGCUGACCGAAUGGGAAGAAGACAGUGCCUGAUCAUGUCUCUCUCCGUCAACAGCGUGUUCGCCUUCUUUUCUUCGUUUGUUCAAGGCUAUGGCACUUUCUUGUUCUGCAGACUUUUAUCUGGAGUAGGGUAA